AUGAAUAUACAGGUCCGCAACUUCAGCAUCUCGGGCCUGCGCCACAGCUACGGCGACCAAGUUGGCCUCAAGGCGACCGAGAAGAUCAUCAAGGCCGCCUCUGAGAACGGAAUCUACACCUUCGACGCUGCCGAGAUGUACACGGCCGGCCAGUCGGAGACAGGUCAUAUGUUAGGUCAUCAAGGUACAUGCCGGAAGCUCAUAAUCGAGGCAGCGGACCAGUCACUUGAGCGCUGCGGCUUGAAAUACUGGAGUGUCAUCCACGCGCAUCAGGCGGACGCCAGCCACAUCCAGGAGGCGCACACUGUCGCCGCGCGCCUGGAUCUCAUCGUGCUCGUCACGGACCAACGACAGUACUCGUGGCUGUACCGCGAACACGUCGAGAAAGAGUUUGGCCUCACUUUAUGGUCUCCCAUCGCAUCGGGCGUGCUGACGGGCAAGUACAACGUCGGCAUCUUCGAGGGGUUGCGAAUCGCCACCAACCAAGCCUUCAUCAUUGAUGGCGGUAAGGCGAAGAUCGAGAAUGUCAUGCAGCUCAUCCACUUCGCAAAGGAGCUCGGCACAUGUCACCGCCCUUGCGGGGGUGGUGCAAAAUACCCCAACGUGAGCAUCGUCAUCCUCGCCGCCACCAAUCCGCAGCAGGUCUUCAAGAACCUCAAGGCGCUCGACGUCCUGCCCAAGCUGUUACCAGAGAUCAUGGAGUGGAUCGGGCGGAUCGUGCAGAACAGACCCAGGGCCAAACCAACAUUUAAAGGGUGA